AGCAGUGAUUGCCAAGAGUUUUGAGAGAAUUCAUCGCAGUAAUUUAGUGGGAAUGGGAAUUAUUCCACUCUGUUUCAAGGCCGGUCAGGAUGCAGACACACUAGGAUUGACUGGCCAUGAGCGCUAUUCUAUUGACCUUCCAAGUAACAUCGAUGAGAUAAGACCUGGCCAAGAUGUGACUAUCACAACUGACAAUGGGAAAUCCUUCAUAUGCACAGUUCGCUUCGACACUGAGGUGGAAUUGGCUUAUUUCAAUCACGGAGGCAUUCUUCAAUACGCUAUUAGGAAUUUGAUGAAGCAGUGACUACUCCAUCACUGCCCCCGGCCUCCCUCCCUCCCUCCCUGAGAAUAAAAAUCUUAAUAAUAGGAAAUGUGAGUCAUUUGUUUUGUCACUUCAAUGCCUGACAUGAUUGUCGGCCAAAGGAUAACUUCUAGCAAUUUGAUUCUUUUGUGUUGCUGAUUUGCUUGAAACCACCCCGGUGAAUUUCAUGGUUAUCAGAACAUCCUUUGAGAAAAAUAAAAAAAUAAAAAAAUUGCUUCUGGCAAUUUGCGCAGCGGAUGCUAUGACAGUUACAGUAGCUUUUACUGUAAUUGAGAAACUGCACAUCAUU